AUGUCUACAUCACCCGAACAGGAACUCCAAUUCUUAAGGUUCAGGGCGGACGGACAUACUGCUACAGUCUUCGGAGCUACGGGCUUUUUGGGUCGUUAUAUUGUGAACAGGCUUGCUAGUCAAGGGUGUACCGUGAUCGUCCCUUACCGAGAGGAAAUGGCCAAGCGCCAUUUAAAGGUUACUGGUGAUUUGGGAAGAGUUGUCUUCAUGGAAUACGAUCUUCGAAAUACACAAUCCAUUGAGGAGAGUGUACGCCAUUCUGACGUCGUUUAUAACCUCGUGGGCAGAAAAUAUCCGACAAAGAACUUUUCGUACGAAGAUGUGCAUGUCGAUGGCUUAGCGAGAAUUGCGGAAGCUACCGCUAAAUAUGAUGUUGACCGCUUCAUCCACGUUUCUUCAUACAAUGCGGAUAUGAAUUCUCCUUCUGAAUUUUUCCGAACCAAAGCUCAAGGCGAGAAGCUAGCUAGAAUGUUAUUCCCGGAAACAACUAUCGUCAGACCAGCGCCGAUGUUUGGGUUCGAAGAUAACCUUCUUCACAAGCUAGCCGGCAUUACCAACCUGUUUACUUCCAACCAUAUGCGGGAGAGAUAUUGGCCAGUCCAUGCUAUUGACGUUGGCCAUGCUCUUGAGAAAAUGCUGUUCACCGAUUCAUCCGUAGGCCAGACAUACGAGCUGUACGGACCCAAAAACUACUCGACUGCCGAAAUUGCCGAACUUGUCGACCGUGAAAUCAUAAAAAGGCGUAGACAUCUCAAUGUACCCAAACGCAUCAUGAAACCAGCAGCGCACUGGGCCAACAAACUCCUCUGGUGGCCUACGAUAUCAGCAGAUGAGGUAGAGAUGGAGUUCAUCGACCAGAAGAUCGACCAAUCUGCCAAAACUUUCAAAGAUCUAGAUAUUGAACCUGCUGAAAUCGCUAAUCUGACCUUCUAUUACUUGCGAGGUUACCGAAGCUCCCAGUACUCUGACCUCCCUCCAGCGACAGAGCGAGAGAGAAUGGAAGACAAGAAAUAUGUGCACGUCCUCGACAACCAGUAG